AGAGAGAGAGAGAGAGAGAGAGAGAGCGUGUGUGUGAGCGCGCGUGAGAGAGAGGGGGGAACGGACGUAAGCAGGAUCAGCGGAAGACAGGAUUCCAGGCUUCCAGUGGCAACCGAAAGCGCUUUAUAAGCACCUCAGAAAGCCUUCCAGCGGACAAGCACUGGAUUAAAAACACGUUCUCCUGGUCUGCAUUGAAGAUCUCGGGGUGUCAUGUCAGAUCUCUCUCGUGUAUAGUCUGUAGUCUCCAGCUCCAAUCCAAAAGCUGCUGUGAGGUUAAAGUUGAUCCGCCACCCGGAGCCGCGUUCAAUAUAUAUCAAUUGAGUGUGAGUGUGGGUGUGUGUGUGUUCAGUAAAACCGGAGUGUAUUGUUGGAGGACAAGGCGACGAUGUUGCGCGAAUUGUGAGACUUGCUCCUUGUCACACAAAUCGACUUCAGCAAUAUAUCUAUUUUUUCCUACAAAUGCUGUGUUCCUGAUGGCUGGACAAAUCUGACCCAUCGUCACACAGCGGAAGACAAAAGGAAGUGAGUGGACAUUGGUCAUAGCCCACGUGGGGCUGAGCAUAAAAGCAAAAAAAAGGUAUCAUGUCUUCCAGAGAGCGCCGCUCAGAGCUGCACAUAAAAGCUGAGCCCAGCAGUCCGGAGGGCGGCGGCGGUGGCGGGAGGACAAGCCCUGGUGGCGUCUCUUCUGAUUCCUCUCACAGCGGAGGAGGAGGCAUACGGGGGGAAGGAGCAGUACGCUACUCCUCACCUGUAUACAGCCCAGCACUGCGCUGCCACUUUAAGGAAGAUGGAGCCGACGGUGCGGACGAGGGCUCCACAGGCAGCAGCGGGGGCCGCUGCAAAUACGCCCUGAGCACCCUUCCUAAGAGGCUUUGCCUCGUAUGUGGCGACGUGGCCUCCGGCUACCACUACGGUGUGGCCUCCUGCGAAGCCUGCAAAGCAUUCUUCAAGCGAACUAUCCAAGGCAACAUUGAGUACAGCUGUCCAGCGUCCAACGUGUGUGAGAUCACCAAGAGACGCAGGAAGGCCUGCCAGGCAUGUCGCUUUACAAAGUGUCUCAAAGUGGGCAUGCUCAAAGAGGGAGUUCGUCUGGACCGGGUGAGAGGAGGGAGGCAAAAGUACAAGAGGCGGCCAGAAGUGGAGAAUGCCAUGUACCAGAGCACACCGAUACCCGUCAAGAAAGAGGGGGAAAGAGGCUCCCCCAGUAUCAUUGUGUCACAUCUGCUGGUAGCUGAGCCUGAGAAGCUCUUUGCCAUGCCGGAUCCACUGCAGCCCGACACGGCUCAGCGCACCCUCACCACGCUGUGUGACCUAGCUGACCGCGAGCUCGUCGUCAUCAUCGGCUGGGCCAAACACGUCCCCGGAUUUCUCUCUCUUUCUCUGGCUGACCAGAUGUCUGUGCUGCAGUCUGUAUGGUUGGAGGUGCUGGUACUAGGGGUGGCGUAUCGCUCUCUGGGCUGCGAGGACGAGGUGGUGUUUGCUGAAGACUUUGUGCUAGACGAGGAGAUGUCGCGUCUGGCUGGCUUGACCGAACUGAAUGCUGCCAUCUGCCAGUUGGCACGCCGCUUUAGGGCCCUGCAGCUGGAGCGCGAGGAGUUUGUCAUGCUGAAGGCCAUCGCUCUCACCAACUCAGACUCAGUCUACAUAGAGGACAUUGAGGCUGUGCAGAAGCUGAGGGAUCUUCUGCAUCAGGCUCUGUUAGAGCUGGUGGUGCAGCAGCGUCCGGAAGACCCGCAGCGUGCCGGCCGCCUUCUCCUCACGCUGCCCCUCCUCCGGCAAACAGCCAACCGCGCACUCACCACUUUCUACAGUAUCAAGACCCGCGGAGGUGUGCCCAUGCAUAAACUCUUCCUGGAAAUGCUGGAAGCCAUGAUGGACUCCCCCUAGCGUGAGGUACACAACAAGGUGAACAACAGGACAUGUCAGCAAAAAAAGAGAGGAGAAAAAUUAAACCCCCCCCCUCCCCCCCCACCCCCCAAGAGAUGAAGGUUUUUAAAAAAAAAUCUUUUUUAAAGAAAGGCAAGUUAAAAGUCCCUUCAAAUAUCAUUCAUAAUGUGAAAUCUUUGACAUCGAGCAGCAAGACAGGCGAUCCCUCAUUCGUUGAUUGGACUUACUUAUUCCUCACAUCACAAUAUUCACUUGCUUGUUGGAAUCAUUUACCCAAAAGAUACAAGGAUAUCAGAGUUGAUCAGAGUUAUCACACACAUAGUUUCCUAUAGAUUGCUUUAACAAAUGGGACUUUCCAUCAGCGUAACGUUUUGGGGCUACAGCAGGGAGUUGAAGUUCAGUUACUGCUGUAUGAAAUCUCCUUCACCUGUAGCGCCCCCUUGUGAAAUUAUAGCAAAGCCAUAUAAAACACCACACAAAUCCAGUAAUUCAUUAGGUGACCUCACAAAGAGCCAUGUUUAACCUUUGUCCCACUUGUGUGUGUGUGUGUGUGUGUGUGUGUGUGUGUGUGUGUCUGUGUGUGGACCGUUUUCAUGUACAAGUACUUGCUAUAAUCUGUAGGUACUAUCUUGAUUUACCCAGAUAGUUUUGUGGUUUAAAUUGAAAUAUGCAAGACAUGUACAGGAAUGUUAGCCCUACAGGGUGAACAGGGGGAAGGUAGUAAUUUAGGAGUUACAUAUGACAGGAACAGAAAUAUACUGUAGUACAUGUUAUUACAUGCAAUAUAUUUUAAAGCAAUAUGUAUCAAAAGUUCAAGUCAUGUAUUUUUCUGUAGGGGGGGGGCGCUGUUGAGCCAAGCCUUUUGUUCCGUUCAAGCUCUGUAAUGUAGUGGUACACCAAGGGAACUCUGUCAAAUAGGACACCAUUCUUCUUUAGACAGUAAUGCACUCUUUAUAUUUUAGCAGUCAUUUCCGCAGAGUGGACGGCUGGAGACUCUUGAACUUUGUACAUGCGUUUGUGUGUGUGUGUGUGUGUGUGUGAGUGCACGAAUGCAUUGGUGCAUUUAGUUCAGGGUAAAAGAGCCACCUCAAGCCCUGUAGGCCAGCUGGCUCUGUACACGGAGUCUGCUGCUGUGCUGUGGAAAGACGUUUUAUAAUCUGCACGAACUCCUGCUCAAAAAAAAAAAAAAAAAACUAAAGCUGAAAGCUUCACCUGAUGUCACAAGCUCUUCACGUGACCAAUACAAUAUUAUACACUGGGAGCAGAGACAGGAGACUGCACCGAGACUGAUCAUAGCCGUUGGUUGUUAUGCCUCUGCACUCUGAAUCCUCCCUCUAAAAGACUUGAGAAGGAGCUGAUCCAGGAUAAAGAAUGGAGUGAAACUUGAAUCCUUAUGACCGACGUGGAUGCAGCGCGUGGCCCUCGUUGGUCAUGCGCCGUACGACUUUCACUGUAUGAGAGUAACACUUGGUACAACAUGAAGAGCCUCACAAUAUGAUGUAAAAAAAACAAAACAAUAAUAAUAAUCCCUCACAGCCCUUGACCAUUCUUGUAACUUUUUAUCGACGUUGUGUUGGUCACUGCUGUUUCCGUGUCGUUUUUGGGUGUUUGUUUUGCAGACAUUUGUCUGGUAUUAUAUGCAAUCAUUUUCAGAGCCCUACAACUCUGCUACCUUUUUUUUUUUUUAAUUAUUAUUAUUAUUAUUAUUUUUUUUUUUUGUGUGCAUUUUUGGAAAAACUCAACAGUAGGAAGAAAAGCCAACUGCUGUCCAGGCCAAGGCAGAAUAAAUAAGAAAAUCAAACCACUAAAAAAACAAAAAAGUUUCAGACCUCUGAGAUUACAGUGUGUCUUCAGGGUGCUUUUCACUGUACGUUUGUAGUAACGAUUAUGUGUGUAAAAGUUACGCUUGCAUCCCAUACGCAGGUAAUUCCCAAUUCUAGGCUGUGAUUUGAAUUUUUCUUAGAUAAUUUCCAAUUAAUUUAAACAUCAUCUUGCAGGAAUCCAUCAGCCCAAAAUGCCAUGGGAAUUUCUGAUCAAGUAUGAGCUUUCUUUUCUUCUUUGUGGUUUGUCAAAGUUUGACUGACUUGAAACAUAGACUUUCCGUAUAUUACAUGUCCUCAAGCUUGGUACUAAAAUAAAGCAAUCUGGUUGAAUGUUGUAAAAUAUUACUUUUACUGUUGUUGUGUUUUUUUGUUGGUUUUUUUUUUUGCCUUUCUUUACAGUCUUUUUUUUUUCUCCAACAUUUUGUUUUUUUCAGUGAGUGCUAACAGCUGAAGAAUAACGAAAGCCAGGGAAAGAUAUGUUAAUAUAUUUGAAUGUGACUUAGUAAUAAUAGUGUUGCAGAUUUCAGGCAAUCAAUAUGUAGUGUUGAGUUAUUUUCCUCCAUUUACUGUCACGUUCUAGCACGCAGUCAGUCCUGCUGUCAGUUUUCUGUUGAAGCUAUCUUAAUCUAAUCAACACUAAAAUACUUUUGGGUUAGUUUCAUAUCUAAGUUUCCUAUAAGUCUUUUCCUCUUUUGUAUACAGAGAUAAACACACCUCUGUUCCUGGUCACGUUGCAGAAUGUGUACAAAACUAUAGAUGUCUGGGUCCAUUCAAAGAAAGCUGUAAACAAUGUCAAUGUUUAUGUGAAUAAUAAUAAUAUUAGCAAAUAUAAUUCUAUUACAUUAGUGUUUUCAUCAAUUAUCAAGAUUGUAUGAUGCCAUUUUGUAAUUGUCGACGUUAGAUGAGAUUUUGGGACAUCCAUCAGUGGGACACAUCAUUUAGAAAUAAAAAAAAAAAGUCACGGGUAGCUGUUAGUGUGUCUGUGUAUAUUUAUGUAAAUGAGCAAUACCAGAAUUUACCAAAACUCUGUUUUGACCUUUCUCUGUAUAGUGACCUACUGUAAAUCAAACCUCAGCAGUAAUAACAGUGUUAAAAAUCCACAGAAAUGAUACAGCUUAUAGAACAAAUCAAUGUUUGUAUUUUAAAAUAUUGUAUUUAAAAGAUUCAAUUCUAUUUUUUACUCAAUUUGCUGAUGUUUAUUAAUAUUAUUUGGUUGUUUUUAUUUUCUGUGGGUUUUAGUAUAAUGAUUGUGGAUGUCUCUGUGUGCUGUUUUUUUUUCUCUUCUUCUUUUUUCUUUUUCGUAAAGCUAAAUGGUUCUGCAGUAGUGACUCAGCAAUUUGUUCAUAUUGAAUCACUGUGAUUUAAAAGGCAAACACUAAAACACCACAGGAACUUAGGGGUACUUCAAGAUAUUGUCGGUGUCAUGUGUUUUGUAAUAAAUUAACAUGCGUCAGAA